AUGCUUGCCUGGUGGGUAGUACCCAUAUAUUCAUAUUCGGGGUCUCAUCUGUUAUUGAGCGUGCGAGCGCUGGCGGCAGAGAGACAAAGGCUUGAGAUGAUGAUCCCCCAGAUCUCGGAGACGAUUUCUGAUUUUGAAGCUGCAGAGUUAUCCAACAUGGGCUUUCAGGAAGACUCUUGGGAAGUAUACGAACUCUCGACACCCCCGCGGGACCCAACUGCGUGUCUUCAUCGUGAUGGCGUCGUCUUGAGGACACAGAGGAGAUCCGGUUCAUGGAUGCAGCAUUGGGACGCACGUCCGGCCCGGUCGAUGACUGCUUAUUGA